AUGUAUAAAGAUGAUGGGGUAAUUAUAUCUCAAAGGAAGUUUGUACUAGACUUGUUAAAGGAGUACAAUUGUUUGGAUUACAAGCCUUGUUCUUCACCUUUGGAUCCCACUACAAAGCUGAAGGCCAAAGAAGGCACAAUUCUGCAAGACCUUACCUAUUACAAAAAGCUAGUAGGGAAACUGAACUUUCUAACUAAUACCAGAUUGGAUAUUGCAUAUAGUGUUCAACACUUGAGCCAAUUUAUGCAGGAGCCCAGAGAACCCCAUCUAAAAGCAGCAUUUCACCUUCUCAGAUAUCUGAGGAAUGAUCCUACUUUAGGAAUUUUCAUGUCAAAGGAUGGAGAUCACACAGUUAAAGCUUAUUGUGACUCUGAUAGGGCAGCAUGCCCGGAUUCUAGGAGAUCCAUUACAGGUUAUUUAGUACUGCUGGGCAAUAGUCCUAUCAGCUGGAAAUCUAAGAAACAAAAGACCAUAUCUCUAUCCUCUGCAGAAGCAGAAUAUAGAGCUUUGAGGAAAGUAGUGGGGGAACUAGUAUGGUUGAGCAAAUUACUUGAGGAACUGACUGUCCCUUUUUUUCUUGCCUAUCUCAAUUUUCUGUGA